AUGAUAGAUUUGUCAAAUCAUCGUCAAUCAAUUCAAGUUGUUCUUGACAAACAUUCUCAAAAGGUAAAAAGAGUUUUGCGGUGGCAUGGAGACAAACAUCCGGAUGUGGGAAAAGUGAUAUUAGAAAAAGCUCUACAAAAUGAUACUUUGACUUGUCCUAUGAUCCAAAAGGAUAUUGUCAAUGCUUGUGCGAAAGAAACAUUGAAAGUUAUAAUUGGAGACUUGAAUGAAGAUUAUUUUGGUAUAUUAGUUGAUGAAUCCAAAGACAUCUCACACAAAGAACAAAUGACUCUUGUUUUGAGAAAAUACUUAGAAGUUGAAGACUUUUUUGAUCAUGUUACUAAUGUGUUGAAUGUUGUUGGAAGAUCUUUUAAGCGUAGAGAUUUACUUCGUCAUCACCAAGCUAAAAAUUUGAAGCAAUUACUUGAGUCCGUGUUGGCCAUGUCAAAUGAGUUGAGCAGGAUUUUACAAAAAAAAGAUCAAGAUAUUGUUAAUUUCAUGAAUUUUCUUAACAUUUCAAAGAAAAGAUUGCAAGAUAUAAGAGAAAAUGGGUGGAAAUCUUUGUUGGAUGAUGUUUCUUCAUUUUUUGAUUCACAUGGUAUCUUAAUUCCCAAAUUAGAUGAGCCUUAUUUUCAUAAAAAGUCAAAGCAUAAGUGUUUGGAUGUUUGUUAUUCGUACCAUUUGCGUGUUGAAAUCUUUUGUGCUGUCAUUGAUGUGCAACUUCAAGAGCUUAAUGAUCGUUUUGAUAUAGUGAGUAGUGAUUUGCUUCUUGGGAUGGGCAGCUUGAAUUCUGUCAAUAAUUUCUCUAACUUUGAUAAAGGUAGAAUCAUGACUUUAGCGAAGUAUUAUCCAAAUGAGUUUGACGAUGAAAAGCUUCGAGAUUUGAGUUACCAACUUGAUACUUUCAUAAUUCAUAUGCGAGGUGGUAAUUUCAAAUUCUCCAACUUGCAAGAAAUUCGUGAUUUGACAAAGGCAUUAGUUGAGGAAAAUCUUGUGGAGACUUAUUCACUUGUUUAUUUAUUUGUGAAGUUGGCUCUAAUUUUACCCCUUUCUACGACAACUGUGGAAAGAACAUUCUCUUACAUUAAGCACAUAAAAAAUAAAGUGCAAAAUUGUAUUGGUGAUCAAUAUUUAAAUAAUUUUUUAGUAUAUUACAUAGAGCGUGAUGUAUUUGCAAAUGUAAGUAAUGAGGUCAUCGUUGAUCGUUUCCCGAAUAUGAAAACUCAUCGUGGACAAUUGUAA